UAGUCGUUGGAGGUCGCAGACAUUCUUUUCUGUAAUCGAACCCCCAGCACCGAAAGAGAGAAGAAAAACACCCCAAAGUUUCACGAAAAAAUCCAGUAAAAAACUGCAGAUUAUGGGGAAAGAUCUGAGCGACGAUCAAGUUUCAUCAAUGAAGGAGGCUUUCACCCUGUUCGACACCGACGGCGACGGCAAGAUCGCGCCGUCGGAACUCGGAAUCCUCAUGCGCUCGCUCGGCGGAAACCCUACGCAGGCGCAGCUAAAUUCGAUCAUCGCCGAGGAGAAGCUCGCCGCGCCGUUCGACUUCUCUCGGUUCCUUGACCUCAUGUCCAAGCAUUUGAAGCCGGAGCCCUUCGAUCGCCAGCUACGCGACGCCUUUAAGGUGCUCGACAAGGACGGAACCGGAUGCGUCGUUGUUUCAGAUCUCAGACACAUUCUCACCAGCAUCGGAGAGAAAUUGGAGCCUGCGGAGUUCGAUGAGUGGAUCCGCGAGGUGGAUAUCGGAUCCGAUGGCAAGAUCCGUUACGAGGACUUCAUCGCGCGCAUGGUAGCUAAGUGAGGAGGCGUUUUUCCAGGCCGUUGAGGUGAAUGACAUUCUGGUUGUGCUAUGCGUUUGACUUGAAGCAGGAGGCUGUGUGUUUUAUUCAGCGUAGACUGGUGUUUUGAUGUGCUGUUGUACAUCUUUGUAACUUAAUUACUAUGGUGUUUGUGGAAGUUGGCAUGAUUUAACUUCAACAUGUGUUAAAACCGAUGACAUUCAGAAAUACUCUGUAGCUCUUCUUGGCUGCGGGCAGUAUCUAGUGUUUGCUGAAUCUGUGAAUAGCGGAUUAGCAUCUGAAUCUUGGCAUCA